CUCUCUCAAUGAAUAGCGAGAUAGAAUAAGGAAAAACUUAGAAAGUUUCUGGCUUUUGCCAGGGCCGUCAUGUCUAUUAUUGGUUUUUUACUGAGCAUUUACAGAUAUCAAAUUUUAGUAAUAUUUUGAAAUUGCUUACAGUUUUUAUAAAAUAAAUAAUAUUUUCUGUGCGACUUCAGGCAUUAUUAAAUGCUCAAAGAAGAAAUUCUAAAAUGUCAAUAAUUAUGUUGUUGAAACUGAACCAGCUUCAUCUUUCCUGCAUCAAAAACUUUUCCUUUGUGUUAUUUACCACUGUUUUCGUGAUGAGUUACUCUGAAUAUUGUAAUUGUCUAAUCAUAAGUUACAAUAUAAUAGCUGCGAACGAGACAUCUCUUUCAAGUACAGAAGGCAAUGAAACCACAUUCCCUUCCGCACUAAGUUCUUUGAAAUCUUUUCUUGGAAGUCUGCCGUGGAAAUAUAAAGAUAAGUAUAUGGCACACUGUAAUGCAAAAGAAGACUGUGAUGCUGGAUUUCGUAUGAUAUGCAACAUUGGAAGAUGUAUGUGUAAAACUGGAGACUUAUUUCUUGAAUGGCCUAAAUACGGAUGUUUUUCUAAAGUUCAGAUGUUUGGCCCGUGUGAAGUUACUGGACAGUGUGUGGCUAUGAAUCCAAACACAUAUUGUAAUCCUGAGAAUGGUCGAUGUACAUGUUCCCCUAGCUACUUUUAUAAUGGACGAGAAUGCAGUUUGCGAUAUGACAAUUCUAAUUUAAAAGCACAAGAAGUUUAUAAAGCUGCAGUGGUAGCUGCUGCUUGUUUUAUAGUUGCAGUUGUUGGCAUAUUUGUUGCCUGCAUUGUAAGAAGGUCAUUUUGCAGACGAGAACAACAUAUGCAACAAAGUGAAUCAAAUCGAAACAGCGAUAUUUUUUCCAUUAGUGAUGAAAUAGCUGCUCUUAGAGCUGUUGAUAAGCCACCUUCAUAUGAAGAAGUAUUACAGAUUGAAAGAACGUUUUAUGGUAUCCCUCCACCUGAAUAUUCAGCUUCCAGACAUGGCAGUUCUGCAACAAAUACACCCCUAUCAACUCCUGCUUGUGCAUUUUCCCAUGCAGAUGAUGCAAGUAACAUGCCGUACAAUCCAGAUUAUAUGCCUGUGAAUGAAGCUAGCAGCAAUCAACAUUUCGAUUCUGUAUCUGUGGAGUGUAUGAAAGAAUCUUCCCAAGAAAUUACUAUGUCAUCUAGAGAUUCUUCCACUGUACAAAAUACAGGUGCUUCAAACUUCCUUGCAGCUGCCGAAGUUUUGCCUCAGCCACCAGACAUUCAGGAAGACAAUGUCCAACCUAUAACCACACAUUCAAGAGUAGUUAGUUUGGAUAUGCAUUCUCAUUCUUCCACUCAACUUCCUUGUCAUAAUCAAUCGUACUUGAAAUCUGUUCACAGCUCUUCAUCCUUGCCAGGAUCUCCUCGUUUAAGUUCCAUCUCAUCAAGGUCAAGUGGAACAAUUUUAAACCAUUUGUCCACAAGGAAUGGACUACUUAAACAGAACUCAUCCUCAUCUGUACCUAAUUCACCAGUUCAUCUUUUGCCAGAUUUGCCAUCAACAAGCCAUACCGAAGUUUCCAAUUCAUCCACUUCUAGUGGCAGAGUGAGAGAUGAAGACAGUAACUUUAAACCAGAUUGUAAUCAUUCAGAUGUUGCUUAUGAUAACCUGGGAUUUGUUUCAGAUGUAAAUGUCUAGAUUUCAUGUAUAUUCAAAUCAACAUAUGGGAUUUUAUUCCCAUAUCAAGAGUAAAUGUAUAUUCUGUGUAUCAGUAGUAUUUUAAAUCUGGAGUUUUAUCUUACUCUAGUGCUUACAUUUCAAAUGUGAAAAUUUGUAACUCACCUAUUUGUCACAACUACCUUCUUUUCAUUAUUCAUUUUGAAAAUAUAUGCAUAUUUUGUGUGUAUUAGAGAAUUUAAACAUAAUCAUUUGCUUCUGAAGAUGUUGAAAGGAUGUGUUAAUUUAUUAUUAUUAUUAUUUGUAUAUUUGUUUUCAUUAUACUGUAUUAACAAAAGAUAAGAUUAGAUGUUUUUAUAGUUUUCAAAGUUUGAAGAUGUGUUUUUAUAUAUAAGGUUUACUUUCUAUGGUGAUGCAUAGAAUAUGUAUCAGCAUGAGUUUAUUUUACACCUGUUUUGAAUAUUAUUAUAUAUGUUCUAUUUUAUGAGAUAUUUUAUCUAGAAAUUAUAGUAAAGCAUUUUACAUUCAUUAAAUAAAAUAAACUUCUGUUACAGUAAUUAUGAAUAUUAUUUUUUCAGUCACUAUUUCACUGUUAGAAAAACUCUAUUGCUUUUAGCUGCUAAAUGUUUCUAUUAUUAAUAGCUUUUUGUGGCAUAUGCUGUAUUGAAAUAAAAUACUGAUGUGCCUGAAGAAUACAAAUGCAUUUGAUUUUGAAUGUAUCUAUUUUAUGAGACUGUUAGAAAUUAAUAUUUCUAGGAAGAGCCUUAUAUCAUAUUUUUUACCAAAAUAUUUAUCUGUAUAAGGCUCCUGUCACAUUCAGCAGUAUUUCAGACAACUAGAGUCAGCUAGAACUUUUCUAAUAUGUUUUUGUUAAUUCAAAGGAUUUACUCUCGCAUAUAACAUUUUACUCAGAGAUCCAAAACAUCAUGCAUUCAUUAUGCAAUUAAUCAGAAGCAAGCCUGAUGAUUUUGAGAAUCCUUUGUCAUCAGUGCAAGUAAUUACAGAUUUCUACUUGGCAAGAUGGUAUAACAUGACUAUAGUGAGUUUGCAGAAAAGUUCUAGCUAACUCAGGUUUGUCAAAAUUUGUUGUUGAACCUGAGAGGCCCUUAAUAGUGCCUUUAUUUUUAUGUAAAAUUUAUAUGGAGUAUUAACAUUCUAGUCAUUGUGACAACUUAAAAUAUUAAAAAAUUAAAAAAAAAAUUCUUUUAAAUGUUUUUAUGCUAAAAAACUGUUAACUGCCAUUAAUUUUAUGUUUGCCUUUCCUGAAGUUCUUGCAUAUAUAAUGCUUUGCUAAAGAUUAUUUAGUAUUAUUAUAAGUAUAUUAUUUAGUAUAUUUCUCUGUUUAUCGUUGCUUGAGUGAAGUAGAAUAAACCGAAAUAAGAAAGAGUAUGUCUUAAUAUUAAUAGGUUAUUUAGAAAAAUAUUUCAUGCCACAUAGUCCAAAUGUUUGGUAAUUCCUGCUAGUGCACUGGAAAACAAAUUGCUGAAUCUCUAUUACUGCCAAUUUGUAACUGUAUUGUAGGAUUAUUAUUAACAAAGAUGUGGCAAAAUGUUUAUUUCUUGGACUACUUGUGAGUAUUUUAACUGCAUGAAAUGCAAUGGAUUUUGAAGAGAUGCAAACUAAUGUGUUGUAUUAAAAUAUGCUAAAUUUAAAUGAGAAAUUGUUUCUAUUAAAUAUUUUUGUUUAAUAAUCUGCUAUAUUUAUUUUCACAAAAAUUAUUGACCAAAGCAAUUAAGAAUUUUGUUUUUAGAAUGUUGCUGAAACUGUUUUUGUGUAUAUUAAUUUGUCCUGUUAGUUCAAUCUAGAAAAUAUAAAAGAGCUAGUGAAUGGUAAAAGUAUACCAGUUAGUUUUUUUUUUUUUUUUUUUCAUUUUAUCAGGAUGCUUCAUUAAAAAUAUUGAAUAUCUCUUUUUUUGAAUGAAUUAUUUUGUUUGAAACAUUUAUGAUUGCUUCGUAUCUGCAUAUUUGUGGGACUUUUGUAAUUCAGUGGCGUAAAGUUUUGCUUUAUAAAUUUUUCCCUAGUGAUCUCAGAAUUCAGAUUACAUAAAGAUCAAAACUAUGUUAAGGAAUUUACUUUGCUUGACUCUUUCUUCUAAUUACUAAUUUUGAAUGAAUAAAUUUAUUCAUUAUUACUUCAUUUAAAAAUUAGAAUAUUAUUAGCAUCAGAAUUUAUUAUAAAGGUUGAUUAAUUGCUUAUUAAUCUAUUUUCACUAAUGAAUUUAUGAACUAAAUUGACAAAUAUACAUUAAGUUUUUAAUAAAUAUGUGUAAGUUAUUAUAGAACUGUGCAGCAAAGGUAGCUAUUUGUAGUAUUAAUGCAGUUUUGCUGUCUAAUUAAAAAAUUUCUUUCUUAUUUUUGUCAUGACUAAUGCACAUUUGAAAGCACAAUUUACUUUUAUUUCUAAUGAAACUGCAGCCAGCCACCCGGGAAAAGGAUGAAGGUGCAGUAUUUAGAAGUGAUUAUGAAUUUUUCCACUAUUGGAAAUACAUUAUCUCUGAUUUUGAUAGCAUACAAGUUGUAUUCAUACUGAGAUAGUUGUAUUGUGUUACAUGAUAAACAAAUAUAUGCAUACUUGAUCUUUAAUUAUUUUCUAUACAGUGGAUAAUGUUUGGUUUAAUUUUACAGUACUAUUACAUGUAUAUGUAUUAUUUGAUAUAGUAAUGAUAUUGUAUGUUGAUUAAAACUAAUAUUUUAUCCACUGUGGAAGUUGAUGUCUAAAAAUAAUAAUUAAUAAUUCAUAUAUCAGAAAUUUUCUGAGUAUACUCUUAUGACACUGUGCGAAUUUUACCAUUGUUUGAAAUAUGGAUUAUAAUUAUAUGUUGGUGUUCUAUAAAACAAUUACAGUGCCUUCAACUUUUAGAUUAUUUUGCUGAAAGCUGACAGAAAACUGUCAUUGUGCUUUUAUUCUUUAUGCUCGGUAUAUGAUUGUUAUAGCUUGGAAAUUUUGUUGUUAUUGUUCUUCAAGUUGUGUAAUAUCUUUAGCUGUAGUACAUAUUUAAAUAGACUGUUGCAAAAAGUCAUUUUUUGUGAAGUGCACUUUGUUACAAUAUGCAUCACAUUACUGAAUUGUAAGAAAGUUGUAUGUUACAAACUUCUUAAGCAGUAGUAUGUUCAUUCAAAAAUAAAUAUUUUUAUCUUUGCCUUCA